AUGUCCCCCGCAUCUGUUGAUCCUUCGUCUAUCUCAAUGCCCUCUCCUGACGCCUCAGAAUUUUCCGAGCCUGGCCCUUCACGUAAACGCCAGCGCACCGCAGCCUCUUCUGAGGAACGCAAAGACGCUCGUGCUCAUCGUAACCGUAUUGCCGCCCAGAACUCGCGCGAUCGGCGCAAAGCCCAGUUCUCAUAUCUAGAGCAACGAGUAACUGAACUCGAAGAAGAGAACCGCCAACUUCGAGCUGGUCUAGUUGUUCCCGCCUCCCAACAGGAUAAGGACCGCGAGAAUGAAGAGCUCCGCGAGCGCAUCCGUACCCUCGAGAAGGGUUGGGAUGUCGUCAUGAAAGCUCUCGCAGCGCAAGGCCUGCCAACUUCGACUACAUCGACUACACCUCCUAGCACUUCCCCUCAGCCAACUCCAGAGCCUACUCAACAAUCACCACCUCCACCAUCAGCUCCAGAGCCCAUGGACAAACAAGACUCCUUUCUUGAGCCCACCAUAACAUUUCCCAUCUCUCCCGCGCCCACCGUCUCGUCGCUAGACUUUGAUCUCGCGUCAUCACCGCUUCUUACUCCAAAGACGGAGGAACUUGACAUCGAAACCACUCGCCACCUAGCACGGGUGGCGUCUACUGUACCCACGGUAGCCCUGCAGCGGACCAUGGAAAACCUGUUCCUCGAGAUCCUUGCCCCGUCACCCCACCUCAUCACGGCGAAUCUUCCUCUUGACGUUCCAGCUCAAGGCCCCACGUCGGACGAUUCAUCACCGUCCACGUCCUACUCGCCGCAAGUGACAGCGGCAGAGAUAUUAGGGCUGGAGGGCAUGAUGGGUAGUGAUGGCUCAGAGAUCAACGAAGAAGACGCUCAACUUUGGUCGAUGGGAGCAGAAUUGGAGGUUGAUAUGUUGGAGAUGGAUCGCAUUCUCGAAUUGUUACCCGCUGCUGAUGCAGCCUUCCAACAAAACUUGGAUGAACAAUUCAAUCUUGGAGUCUCUUGGGCACAAGUCGGCGCAGAAUCAAAUCUCGUCAACGUGUUCUAG